AUCUGCAGAGUGGAGGACAAGUUUAACAGUCUGGUAGCAUUUCUCAGACAGCACAAACAUGAGAAACAGCUGGUGUUCUUCAGGUAUGUAUCCUGUCUACACAGUCCAUGUUAAACUGUCUCACCCUGACUACAGCUACUUGUAGUAUUCUACUUACUUACUUCCUGUCCAUCAACCAGAAGGUAUGCCUUUUGUUUCUCUCUACAUCCCUCUCCAUCUCUCCUGCCUUUCAUGCUCUUUCCAUUUAAAACCAAACUGCCCCUCCCUGUUUCCUGUUAGUGUCCUCUGGAGCAGAUGGCCCCAGUGAGUGACGUGGUGGAUGUUCUGCCCAAGGUGAAGGCCCUGGCAGACCAGGCCAUGUUUGACAGGGGAAUGAGGGCCUUCAUCUCCACCGUACAGGCCUAUGCCAAACGAGUGCAGCCUCAUCUUCAGGGUCAAAGGUCAGAAGAAAUCCCUUGCACCUUCCCUGUGUACUGACCCUCAAAUAGGAUGAUGAUGAUUGUGCUGUUAGAUUGUUUAUGCUGAGGUGAAUGUCAUCCUCCCGUCAUUGGUCAGACCUGAACUUUGUUGCACUGGCCCGUGGCUUCGCCCUCCUCCGCAUGCCCAGGAUGCCUGAGCUGAAAGGGAAGAACUUCCCAGACUUCAAAAAAACGACCAUAGACACAGACAACAUCCGCUACAAGGACAAGCAGCGGGAGAAGCUGAGGCAGAAGCUGCUGAUUGAGCUGAAGGAAAGGAGAGGAGAGAGCCGCUGCUCCCAGGAAACAACGAUAAGAACAAAGCCUGGUCCAACCAGAAGAACAGGAAGGACCGUAGGAGGACUGCUGCCAAGAGGAACCAGGAUGAGGUAUUUAUUUACAGUUGAGCUACACUGUCUGUGAUUGUAUCCCUUGCGUUCAACUGUCAAAUCAUGCUAGUUAAUUCAGUUUUCAGUUAUUUAUAACAUUAUGCUUCUAGGACAUUUUUUACAUUGGAACAGAAAAUAUGCAGAAAAAAUAAGCAGAUCAGAUGACUUUGUUCUCUUCAGGGCUCGGAUAUGGACGAUGAGUACAUGAAGGAGCUGUUGGAAGACACUCAUCUUCUGAAUAGGCUGAAGGGACAGAUCAGCGAGGAGGACUUUGAGAAACAGGUGACAGGACAGACUCCAGCAGGACCAACACAGCUCAGCAGGACACAUGAAACACACCUGUCAUGAGACAUAACACUUGUCAGUGUUUUCCCUGCCACUAUGUCAGCAGGGCGGAUCUUCCCACCUUGCUCUGUUGAUCCUGAGAACAUGGCCGGUUUGACAUGACAUUUUUUAUACCAGAGGCCCUGGAUGGUGUUUUAGGGGGGGGCUUUGUACACCACCUAGAGAACAGCCACAGGGGGGGGAAACACGGCUGGUUACACAUGGAGCAGGACCACUCAUGGAACUUGGCACACACUUUAAAAAUAGAGCCAUCUGUUUUGCAUCGAUUCCUCUGUUAUGACCCAGAGAAAUACAUUGCUUUUCAGAACAGUUAUAUGUACACAGUGUAAAGUUAUGUGCAUAGACAUAUUUUGUAACUAACAAUCUAUAGAGAUCCAAACUGAUACGCCAGUCUCCCAUUGAGUGUUUUUUAUUGAGUUUUAUUGUUUUAAGGCACUUCUAUAUAAAGUUUGAUAAGUUCAUCGCUGAUGGUGGAGGGGGUGAGGACCCCCAGGUCUUUGAAGAGGUGCGUGGG